AUGGAAGUUCCUGAGACAAACGUUAAGGCUUUCAUUGAGACCUGGCAGUGUGUGGAAAAGGAACAUGAAGCAGCAGAGAUGAUCUUCCACGGAAAGCUGCAGCAGUGGCUUUCCAACAAGGUCGACCAUUUUGGUGACGAACAUGUGGCUCAAGAGCUGCCGUGGAGUCAGAGCAAAGAGGCCUGGAACACAGAAGAAACCAUCUUCAAAGAGCAAGUUGACAGGUUGUUGAGGUCUGUUGACGUGAAACUCAGAGGAGAUCAGGAAUCUACAGACUUAGCCAACAGCAGUUUGACAAACGGCAGAAGCACCUGGCCAUUUGUGAGACCCAGAGGGUCCAGAUAG